CAACAUAUUGAAUGAACUAGUACCGAAGGUGGACUAUCAACACCAGGCUCUCCUUUUGCGACUGUUGCGCUCAGACACGCAACAAUACCGAAAGGUUUUGACAGAGGAUAUCAUUCAGGUCAAACGUCGUUUUGGCUCUAACGAAGCAUUUGAAGAAUCUCUGAACACGGUGUUCGUGAAAUAAGAUUAGAUGAAAGGGAUGGCAUUAGUAUACCAGGUCAGAAGUGGUGGAAAGCGAAGCUUGUGUUCAGCUACGUGGAUGUCUGUUGUCAGUUCAAGUUUGAGGUUCGUUUCAAAGGCUUAUUCCUGAGACCUGCACCAGGUAUGAUCAGCAAGCGGUCAUGAUGUCUUUACAGAAAAAGAAGGUGAUCAGGGUUCGGUAGGGACAAACAGGGGUCCUGGACUGGUCGGAGCGUCGUAUCUUUGAGGGAUGUGCCAUAUCGAUUUCGGAGAUUUCCUGUUCUGGUCAUUAGCACAUGUACUCAGGCUGACGCAAAUGCAAAAUUGUAGUGCUAAUCUGAGUUGACAGAUGUAUCUUUCAAUGCUAAAUACUAUUAAAUGAGUAACGGUCUCAUGCCUUUAUGGCUAUAUAACUGGUGCCGUCUCUAGUCUCUAGUUCUGCUCUCAAUAAACAUCGUGUAGGAUCCUUGAAGGUGGAUUUCUCCUGCUACUUUAGCUUUGCAAAAGUACUACUCAGAGCUCAAUAAUUUGAAUUGCAGGUCAUGACGCUCCCUCGUGUGUGGUUUAUUACUGGGACAUCAUCUGGCUUUGGAAGAGCCGUGACAGAGCUCGUUCUGAAGAAUGGCGAGAUAGUCAUAGCUACCUUACGCAAACCCGAUAUCCUAUCGGAUCUCCAGAUCAAGUAUGGCCAGGAUAAACUCCUCGUCAUUGGAGUGGACGUAACGAAGCAUGGCGACAUCGAGGCGGCAUUCGAGCGUGCUAAGGAAACGUUUGGCCAAAUUAACGUUGUCUUCAACAAUGCUGGGUAUGGGCACCUAUCGGAAGUCGAGGGUACUCCUGACGAUGUUGCGCAUACUAUUUUUGAUGUCAACUUCUGGGGGGCAGUUCAUGUCACUAGAGGAGCUAUCAAGUUCUUCCGUGAAGUUAACAAACCAGGAAUUGGAGGAAUUUUGCUUCAAGCCUCUACUUUGGCAGCACUGAUACCGAUGCCUGGAGCAAGCUUUUACGGCGCCAGCAAGCAUGCACUGGAGGGCUUCAGCGAAGGUCUUGCUGGAGAGUUACUUCCUGCCUGGAACAUAAAGAUUUGUAUAAUCAACCUAGGCAUCUUCCAUACCAACGUUAUGUCAAGCGCGUUAGUCCUGCCGCAACAUCCUGCCUAUUCCGAUCCCGCUUCUGCUACGACCAUCUUCCGCAAACACAUAUUGGAUGCAGUUCUCCCAGGGGAUGUUAACAAGGGUGCCAGUGCUAUCUACAAGCUCGUAGAUUCAGGUCAAAUUCCCCUACGUUUACCUUUGGGCCAGGAUUGCGUCCAGAAUUAUAAACAGAAGAUUGAAAAUCUGACGGAGAGCGUUACGGGGUACGAGUCGUGGUCUGAUGAUUUGAAGCGCGAUGGUAUAUGACUAGGGUACACGGAUGGAUAGUGAAGUAAUGCGAGGUGGAUAAUGUUGAGCAUUAUGUAGGGAAACGGUACUAUUCCCAGCAGGGCUUCGAACUUGUAUCCAGUGCAGUUGACUUAUCUGAGCUAAAUUGUUCAAACUAGA